AUGGAAUAAUUGGGCGAAGAAGUAGUGAUUAUCUUACAGUUAUCUAUGAUCAAUGAAGAAGAAUGUCAUCACCAGUAAGAGGUAGCCCGUGACAAUAUUAAUAGAAGGGACCAGAGCAACAAAGAGCUGUCUGAACACCAAGUUGAUACAUUGAGGUAGAAUUAGCAACUAUUCUUGAAAUCAUGGAUGGAAACUUAAGACUUCCAUCAUUUCAUCCAAACGUAGGUUGUAUGAAAGGGAGCGAAAAUGAAACAGAUAUUUCUACCUCAAAAGAUGAGGCCCAUUCUAUAAAUGAACCACAAAAUCGUGAAAUAAUAACACAAAGAAGAAGUGAUUAUCUUACAAUGGGAAGAAUUGAUGAAAACUGCAAAGUCUCUCUUAAUGCAUUGCAAAAUGAAAAUGACCAAUCAGAGCAGUUGGGAACGGGGGAUGAAAUUUUGACUUUAUCACAAAAUGAAGUUAAAGCAUUGAACAAAUUCCAAGAUGUCGAAAAUGCAACAAAACCACAAAGAGGCUUUUUAUCAAAUCUGAGAAAUAAUUUUUCGACAUCCUUCACAUGUAAGCUCAGAUCAAUGCCUCCAAAAACAGAAAUAACAUUUAUUCCGAGUGAUGAGUAUGACAUAAGGCCCAUGCCUCAAAAACAAGAACAAGGGAGACAAACUAUGCUUUUACCAGACAUACCUAUUUAUGAAGUCAUUGACCCAUAUAAUAUUGGUCAAAAAAGCCUGAAAAGGAAAGAAACAUAUAAAAGGGAUUUCUCCAGAAAAUGCAAGAUUUUAACGGUGUUAUGUGUUGUCAUGGUGAUGUGUAUAGUUACAGCCACUAUUGUUAUUCCUACUGUGGUGAUACUAAAAAGUAAACAAGGUGCUAAUUCAAACAUCACUGGAACAGAAUCCAGGACAUCUCCUACCCUAGUUGACAUCUCUACAAUACACCCUCCCACUCUGAAUACCCCUGUAUGGAACAAUACAAACCUGGAACUGAUUGUAAAUGACAACUUCUCAACUUUUGAUACUAACACAUGGGGUUAUGCAAUCACAGCCAGUGGAUCUGGGAAUUGGGAGUUCCAGGUUUACACACCAGAGGAGCGAAAUGUUAAUGUCACUGAAAAUAAGUUAUACAUACGUCCGACCCUAACUGAUGAUCGUUUUGGUGAAAACUUUGUGAAAACUGGUACAUUAGAUGUUACACAAACAUGGGGAGAAUGCACGGAAGUAAGGCAUUAUGGUUGUCUUAGGGCAACUGGACCUGGCAUCAUCGUCAACCCAGUUAUGUCUGGCAAAAUACACACAAAGGAAUCAUUUAGAUAUGGUCGUGUUGAGGUUAUUGCCAAGAUGCCCCAAGGAGACUGGCUUUGGCCUGGAAUCUCACUAUUACCCAAAUCAAAUGUAUAUGGUAGAUGGCCAAGGUCAGGACAGAUGACCUUGGUUGAAAGCAGAGGGAACAGAAAUUAUGGGGAGCUUGGAGUACAAAGAGCCAGGACAGGUUUACAUUGGGGAGAUAACAGAAUUCAUUUUCAUUUGCCACAAGGCAUAAAAGACCUUCCUAUGGGAGAGGCAAACUUUGGAGAAAAGUUCAUAAACUACACUCUCAUUUGGAAAUCUUCUGGGAUCCAGGUAUAUUAUGAUGAAGAGUUGAUCCUUGAUGCCCCAACACCAGCGGAUGGUUAUGCUGCUAAGGGGCUGCUAUCAGAAAACCCUUGGGAGAAAGGUGGAAAAGAUGCUCCAUUUGAUACAGAGUUCUAUCUAUCUUUAAAACUAGCAGUUGGUGGAACAAAUGGCUACUUUCCAGAUGAUGUACACAACACACCGAAACCUAAACCUUGGAGCAAUACAUAUUCUCAUAAUUCUUUUCCGCAAACUGAUUUCUGGGAUAAGAAAGGAGAUUGGCUUCCAACGUGGGUGGGAGACAAUGCUGCAUUACAGAUUAAGUCUGUGAAAAUAUGGAAGGAAAUCAAUGGAGAUAUGGGAGAUGCAUAAACAAAAUCCUCACCCUGUAUGUUGUACAUUCUUUGGAUGAAUGAUUCUCAACUGAUUUUCGAACUGUGGACUCUCCCUGUAUAUUUAAGUUCAUUGGAUAAAUCAUCCAGGAGUGAUUUUGGAACCAAGUACUUGUGACUGAAAUGUAAAGACUGAGUCACUCAAACUAUUACUCCAAGGUUGAUACAUUUAAAAUUGAAUGUAAUGACAUACCUGUUUGAGUGUGUACAUAUAAGAACUCUUGAGCCACUCUGGUUGAGAAUCUGUAAGGCUGCCUGUGCCAAUGUAAAUGUCUUGCCUGGAAUACAAACAGUAGCACAUGACAAAACUAGUUAAAUGGGAAUGGAUAAUACUUGAUAAAACACCCAUCUCUAGCAAGGUCCAAA